AUGGAAGAACAGUUGUGCUUUACUACAGGCUCAACCUGUACUGUUGCCUUUCUAAAUGCCGCGAAACAGACCGAUUUAAAGCAGUGCGGUACAGAAUUCAGGAAUGGAAGCGUGCGCGUUGGACCUUCACACUUAUUCGUGGCCCAACGUCGCAAAGCUCUGAUAAACAUUUACAAAAUUAGCGGGACAGGAUCCAGGGAAUCUGUGGAGCAAAGAUUGGCUUUGCCAGAGCCCGUGAGCUGCUUAGAAGUGGUGAAAAAUGUGGAAAGUCAGGAGUGGCCAUAUCUGCUUCUGGCAUCUACUCCAACAGGAAAACUGUACGUUUGGGAGUUAGGAUCCGGUCAGCUGUUGACGGCAAAGUCACUCGCACACUACCAGCCAAUAACAAAGAUUCAGUCAAUAGUGAACGGCAAGUAUGUUAUCACCUCCGGUUUAGACUCAAGGUUGAUGAUAUGGCAGACUAUGGAUCUAGUAACGCAAGAGGAUCCAAAACCUGUGUACACGCUGCAUGACCACACUCUUGGAAUCACCGACUUUUGCGUCUCUAACGCUCAUGCAACGACACACUUGUCCGGGAAGCUAUUCACGGUAUCACACGACAUGACACUACGAUGCUACGAUUUGAAUAUCGAAGUUUGGCCCCAGCCACAUUUGCUUGCAACGUUCACAUUUUCAGGUCCUUUAGAGUGUGUGACCCUUGAUUCUGCAGACAGAGCGUGUUACGUUGGAGGACCGCAAGGUACUCACCAAGUAAAUUUCUACUACCCAUUGGGAUCAACUAAGAUUGUCAAUUUGUUGAGCGCGGAGGGCAACAGAAUCAUGUCGUGUGUAGAAUCGCAAGCACAGGAAAACGUACGUGAACUGUACACGAUGGGCCAAAUUGUAUGCCCUAAGAUCACUGGCGCCAGUAGCACGAAGUUGGCCUGCUCGAUGGAUGGGAGUCAGUUAGUCGUUGGCGAUAGCCUUGGAAAAUGCACUGUGAUGGACAUCUUUUCUAAACAGCCUUUGAAGGAACUUCAUUCGAUUGUAAGCAACGAAUCCUGUGGAGAAGUGACAAGUUUGGUUCUCGAUUUAAUUGACCAAGAUCCUUCCGAAAGCCUGUUGGCCACUGGAAAAUCGCAAAUAGAACACAAAUUUCCCAAUUUGCAGAAAAAUGUGUUCACACGCGAAGGCUUACAUGACGUGUACUGCCAAAUUACAGCAGACAGAGAAGAGGCAGUCGCACCGUUGGACGAUUUCCAAUCUUACCUGAACCAAGUGGCAUCAGAGGAGAACGCAUUCAUGCAAUUGGGUAGCGUUGUAUCCACAGUGAAGGUUGUGGGUCAAAUGGAGCAUCAAGAAGAAGCUAACAUGGAGGCAAAGGUCUCCUCGGAGAGCGAGGAAUUGACUACAAUGAAGGAAACUGUUGGUCAACUAACAGGUGCUUACAAGGACCUGCGAGAAAUGUACGAAAAGCUGUUCCGUGAACAUGAGACUCUGCUCAGCAACAAGGAAAAUUGA